AUGGGCCUAAAUAGGCACCGUCUGGACUGGUUUAAGCGGGAGAUUCUUCCAGAUUUUAAGAAUGGCAAGAUGCAACACCAGUGCGAAUGUUCGCAGCCUCUCUCGCUCCUGGAGCAGUUACUUCGCGAGCAAGAGGCUCGCCAGGAGGCCCGCCAGGAGGCCCGCCAGCAAGAGGCUCGCCAGCAAGAGGCCCGCCAGCAAGAGGCCCGCCAGCAAGAGGCCCGCCAGCAAGAGGUCCGCCAGCAAGAGGCUCGCCAGCAAGAGGCUCGCCAGCAAGAGGUGCUUCCCGAGCGCCAUCAUGGUGAGGUCACACACCGAACCCGCUGGAAGUCAGCACCAACUGUGCCUCACUUUGUUACCGAGUCGCAUCACAAUAUUGAUCCCGCCACCAGGGCGAGCCGUUGUGCGCACGACUUUCGCCGUGUACCCACACCACACCACCUCCAUCGGCUUCUGUCGACUCCUCCCUUGUGGCCGCCGUCGCUUGCCACAAACCACGCCGGGCUGCAUACCUGGCCAGACGACGAUGGCGCAUCAAUGCGCGCCUCUGCAGCCGCACGGAUUCGCGAGCAACAACAGUGA